GAGUAUGACAUCUGAACUUGUUUUAUGCCCAGAGAAGUUCUAAAACGACUUAGUUUGCGUGUCGUCGCCAUCAACCCCAUCAUCUUUAACCGUUGUCACCCAUCCUUUCGAAUUCGUCAGCUUCUGAAACGGUUCUGCUGCCACUAUCGACCACUGUUGCUUGUUAUCUUGAAUAUGCAUAUCGAGUCUUGUCACAUACUAUAUGAAUCACCAAUGAGGGGGGGAAUUCUUAGAGAUACCAUGGGACUGGAGAAGACGCUGUUGUCUCUGUUAGUCAUCCUCGAUACCACUGUCGCUGCGCGGAAUGAAGACGCCAAUUGGAAUGGUGAUAGGCUGAAGAGACGCAGAGCUCUGUGCAUCGAUGUGACCAAGAAAUCUUCAAUGUUAAAUUGGCGGCGAGAGAUAUCCCCGAAUAUAUACGAGACGGAAGGAAUCAAGUUCUUGGUUCUGACGCUAUAAAGCAUACGGCCCAUCGAUUUCUAUGACGUUGACAUAGUCAUAACCUAACAUUACCUUUCUAAACUAAGAGCUCUAUAACAAAUAGAAGAGGGACCUACUAAAAUGUCCUUAAUAAACUAUAACAAAUACUAGACAAGAACAUUAAACUUAGAACUUAGUCUAGAAAGUAGGGGUGUUAGUAAGCGAAUAAAAAGAGUAUAGAAGAG